CUCUCUUUCUAGCUGUGAAAACAUUUCUUUUUGUUGUUGUUCAUCCAUGGCUUCUCUAACUCUUCUUAACCACUCACUACAUUCUUCUUCAUUGCCAAAAACAGUUCUGAACACCAAAACAUUUCCACAAUAUCUCUCAUCAUCAUCAUCAUCAUCACGUUCUCAGUUUUAUGGUCUUAAACUUUCUUCUUCUUCCGUGUCUUUCCCAUCUACUUCUUUAAAGAAGUUCUCCAUUUCUGCUAAGGUUGAGAAAGGUUCAGUUCCUCCUGCAUUCACUUUGAAGGAUCAAGAUAACAAGAAUGUUAGUCUUUCGAAGUUCAAAGGAAAGCCAGUUGUGCUUUAUUUCUAUCCUGCAGAUGAAUCUCCAGGAUGCACUAAACAAGCCUGUGCCUUUAGGGACUCGUAUGAGAAGUUCAAGAAAGCAGGAGCUCAAGUUGUAGGGAUUAGUGGUGAUAGUCCUGAGUCUCAUAAGGAAUUUGCUAAGAAAUACAGGCUUCCAUAUACACUACUAAGUGAUGAGGGUAACAAGGUGAGGAAAGAGUGGGGAAUACCAUCUGAUCUAUUCGGAGCAUUGGCUGGAAGACAGACUUAUGUUCUUGACAAAAACCUUGUGGUUCAAUACGUCUAUAACAAUCAGUUCCAACCUGAGAAGCACAUCGACGAGACAUUGAAGAUACUGCAAAGCUUAUAAGGUUUUUGCGUUACAAGUCACAUUUCACAAUUCAUCAUAUAUGUGUACAUCUUGCCAAAAGUACUCGACAACUAGUAUCUUUUGUACAUGAGUUCGUAUUUUUCUCCAAACACCAAAGGAAAUGUAUGUUGUAUAAGUUUACGCUCAGAACACCCAUGUAAUUGCCUUCGAUAAAAGUGAAAUUUCAGU